GGGUGGUGUCCUGGUUCACUGUAUAUCAGGGUGGGACCGCACUCCUCUGUUUGUAUCUCUACUCCGUCUGUCUCUGUGGGCGGAUGGUCUGGUGCAUUCCUCUCUUAGUGCAAUGGAAAUACUCUACCUAACAGUGGCCUAUGACUGGUAUUUGUUUGGUCACAAUCUGCCUGACAGACUGGCCAGAGGAGAAGAAAUUUUAUUCUUUUGUUUCUAUUUCUUGGGGUAUAUCCAGUCAGAAGAAUUUUCCUUAGCAAAAAAGCCUAGGUCUAGGGCAGUGAGUAGGGCAGAUUCUGAGUGCAAUAUUGAAGGGGUUCUAUUAGAUGCCUCUGACACCACAAUCCGUUAUGGUCGUUGUGGUAGUACCACCAGUAUUAACAGUGUUAGCAGUAUCACUAGCAAUAGGAGUAGUGUGGACAAUGCACCUAUGUUCUUCACAGCUGGUAGUCCAGAGGAAGACUCCUUCAUACAGAGCAGCAGUGGCGUGCCCUCAGUCAGUUUUCACAGAAAAUCGCCCACUAGUCGUCACCAGCUGAGCUCUGAGUCUUCCAGUAGCACACCAGGCAGUUACCAUGGCGUGGCGUACACGGCGAGUACCACGGCGGUCCCAGUGCCAAGCGGAAGCAGACUACGAGAGAAAAGUUUAGCUGAGGCUGCCAAUUCACCAGCUUGUGGAAGUUGGCAAGUGAUCUCGGCCACAGGAAGUCUCAAGGAUGCGGCCACCUUCAGGGACUCUCCCAAGGCAUCAGGUUCUGAUCACAAUAUCAGUAUGGACAGCAGGACAAGUUGGUGUGCGGAGAUCACCGAGAUGACAGAAUCCAAUGAAGGCACCCCAAGAAUGCAAAAACUGGACAGAGUGAGGAAAAUAUUCCACAAUGUGUACAGUGUGACUAUAGGCUUUAAGAAUGGACCAGACCCUUCAGGGGGACUCACUAGUUUAUUGGACCACUUUGCAGAAAAAGUUGGUAUUCGAGGAGCAAAAAGUACUUUUGUAUAGCAUCGGCUGCAGCUGAUAUGUGGGGAUUUUGAUUUUCUUUUGUGCGUGUGUGCAUUUUGAUGCACAGGGAUAUUUGUUUUUAUUUAAUAUACAAAGAGAGACAGUAUAAAUUAUUCAUGUCAUGGGCCACAAUAAUUUGAUUAAAACUGAAUGUUUGUUGUGGGUGUCGAAGUUUUGAGAAGCUCUCGUCAUCUUCAGUAUCGAAAUAUCAUGGAGGAAGUUGUGUCGCUGUGGUUUACGUAAUUGUUCAGUGUUGGAUACUGUUGAACAUGUUAACAUUAUGUCGCACAAUAGAAGGUAACAUCUGUGU